AUGGAGCAACGGCAGCCGGCGAAGGCAGGAGGGCGGGCGAGGGAGGGGAGCACCGGGGCGAAACGGCCGCGGCGGAGCGCGGGGGGGCGGCACGGGCGGGAGCGGGCGGGCGCGGAGGCCGGGGCGAUGCUUGGAUGCCAUGAGGGGAGCCGUGUUGAGGACCCGUGGGGCACCCACGGGAGCGGGAAAGCCGCGGGACAUACCGGAGAGACCGGGAGUAAGGAUGCACCGCGGGGAGCGGUGUCACCCGUGGGGCUGGAGGCGCCGGGAGGGCCUGGGAUAACACUUUGUGCCUCUCUUCUUGCAGGGGGUUAUGAGCGUUUCUCCUCGGAGUACCCUGAAUUCUGUGCAAAAACCAAGUCCCUGAGCAACGUGUCACCCCCAACCAGCGCCGAGCCCUUGGAUUUGGGCUGCAGUUCCUGUGGGACCCCCCUUCAUGACCAGGACGAAGAGGGAGGGAGGGCUGAAAUGGGUUUAAACAGCUCAGAAAGGCAUCCUCGGCUCCCUCUUUUGAGGGCCCGGGAUCAGGUGCCAGACUGUGUCUUCAAAGCUGCUAAUAAAAAACCCUCUCAAUCCUCAGACUGCCCCAACCACUUCGAGGGGCACUACCAGUACAAGUGUAUCCCCGUGGAGGAUAACCACAAAGCUGACAUCAGCUCCUGGUUCAUGGAGGCAAUUGAGUACAUCGACUCGGUGAAGGAGUGUUGUGGCCGGGUCCUAGUCCACUGCCAGGCUGGUAUCUCCCGCUCCGCCACCAUCUGCUUGGCUUACCUGAUGAUGAAGAAGCGUGUCAAGCUGGAGGAGGCCUUCGAAUUUGUCAAGCAGCGCCGGAGUAUCAUCUCCCCUAACUUCAGCUUCAUGGGGCAGCUGCUGCAGUUUGAGUCGCAGGUGUUGGCCACCUCAUGCGCAGUGGAAGCUGUCAGCCCCUCGGGGACACUGCGGGAGAGGGGCAAGGCCACCUCCACCCCCACCUCCCAGUUUGUCUUCAGCUUCCCAGUCUCCGUCGGUGUCCAUGCCACCCCCAGCAGCCUCCCAUACCUGCACAGCCCCAUCACCACGUCGCCCAGCUGUUAG